AUGAUAAGCUCACUGGCAGUAGAGUUUGGAGCCUUGCGGCUCGUUUGUUCAUCGAGGAUCAUCGUAGCAACUCGAAAUUUGCCGGCAAGAGGUACUAAGCCGUUGCCACGUCAUCUCUGGGAUAUGACCGAUUUGGAGGAGAAAACGGGCGGCCGAUACACUCAUAAACCGCUUCGAAUCAAUCGAUUGGGAGGACGGGACCCGGAAACCGGGCGAAAAGUCAAUCAACAUAUUGGUGGCGGUGUCAAAUUCGAUUAUUUCUUGAUUGAUUUCCAUAGAAGAGGUCCAUCGACCCAAGGUGUCACCUACGACGAGCGAGUACUCGAAGUUCGUCGUGAUCCGAAUCGAACGUGUCAUAUUGCUCUUUGUGCUGGAAUUCAAGGGAAACGAUGGAUUUUGGCGACGGAAAACAUGAAAGCCGGUGACAUCAUAUCAACAAGUGGACAUUUGUCUGAAAAUCCAGUCAUCGGAGUCGAGGGAAAUGCGUAUCCGAUUGGAUCAUUGGCUGCUGGAACUGUUAUUAAUAGCAUCGAACGGUAUCCGACAAUGGAUUCGGAGACAUUCGUAAAGGCAGCCGGUACUUCUGCGACAAUCGUCCGUCAUCAGGGAGAGUAUACUGUAAUCAAAUUGCCCCAUAAACACGAGUUCUCACUUCAUCGAGAGUGCAUGGCAACUGUCGGACGAUUAUCUCAUUCGGAUAUCGAUUCGAAGAUUUUCGGAUCCGCACAAAUGCAUCGAAGAUUCGGUUACAAGAUGUCGUCCGGUCUUUUCCACAAAAAAGACGGUUAUUUCGGUCGAAAAGUACGCGCCCUACCGCCCGUCCGCCAACUGGACGCCCCGCCCCAAGCUCCGCCCCCUUCACAAAAGUUCACUUUGACGAAAGGAGAACUGUCGGGUCUACACGGACACGCGAAAGUGCACAAUCUGAUUCCAUCGGGAUAUAAUACGAGAGAUUAUCCAGAAUAA